GGGGGGGGGGGGGGCCGGUAACCUGGUGUCAGGGAACUGCCAGCGCCUACCAGGUUGCGAGGGCCAUGGUUUGUUGAUACUGGCAUAGCACGCACUUUCAGACGGUUUGGGCUAGGAGGGCGACACGUGGUCCUGCAUAUAGCCUGGGCCGUCACCAUCCAAGGUUAGGUAACUAAAAUGUCUUCGACUGAGACGUCGGAUGAGAGGCACUACCCUUAAUGUACACACACUUUACUCACAUACAUGAGAGUGUCACAAAUCGCUCGUGAAGGAGGCGUUUUAGCCUGGCUCUCAGCCCACCAACCCGCCACUCCACACAACUGCGUGGACUGAGUUGGGAUGUCGGUCGUCUCCCGACAGUCGGCCUCCUACCUACCACGCCUCUUAAAACACUUCGCGUGCGCGUGUGAUUCGGCCUUCGGCCUGUGGAUGCCAUGAUACCGAUCGUAUUUUUCGUCUUCCUCGAUUGGAUGCAGUCGUACAAAGCUCCGAUGCGGACACACAAUUCGUGGCCGGACAAGCAACCUGAAUGGCUGGUGAUAACGGUUGCUGUCUCUAUCCACUGAGUAACGUCCACACUAUCUCGUUCGAACAAAGGCUGUCCAAUACUUUUCCCACCAACUUCUUAUAAGGGAACAAUUAAGUUGUCAACCAUUGUACCUCGGAAGCUGAUGACUCAUAUUUUAUCGAAAAAAUACUGUCAUAACUGGAUGGCGUGACUGUCCAACUUCCAAUCUCCAAUAGUAUUAUAUUUAAAAUCCUCGCUGUACAAAUUUCGCAAAUCUUUACGUUUCCUUCAAUGCCUGUGACCUUAUUCCUCUCCCACAAAUCCCAGUUGUCUUCCUUUUUCUACCCACCAAUUACUGCAUUGCUUAUGUUUUCGAGUAUUUGUUAAACGUAUGUCUGUCAUCCCAUUAUGUACCUUUCGCAAGCUCUCCUCGACUUUUGCUCGGCUAUUUCUUCUUCUGCGUGUUACAGCGACCCAAUAACAUGCCACAUUCCAUGUUGAUUGGUCUUUUAUUCAGAUUUCUACCCCAUUUUGAUAUUUUCACUGUGAAUUCACUUCUUUUAACCCUGGGCGAUCUCUGAUGCGAUGAUUAUGCACUUUUGUGUGAUCCGAAUGUCAUUUUGUUCCCAGCUUGUUCUCGGCGUGUGAGUGAAGCGAAUAUAUUAAGCGUAGUUUAAUGCGGUCAUCUUUAUAUUCACCUGGCAUAAUUAGAGCACACACUUUUCGGUUCGGAUUUUUGUUGAAUGUUUGCAUUUCCGAAGUAAUCGGUCAGCUGAAAUUGACGAAUAGCAUUACUGUCUCCGUGUUGAAUUGUGUGUCACUACCAUAUUUAUUUUCCUUUUCAGAUUUCAUGUAUUAUUUUUUUGGGUUUUUCCACACGUGUAUUGAUAUGCUGAUAUGGAUUUGUUUUCUCAACAAUCGUUGAUGGUGGUUUUACCGUUAUGACCGCCGAUAUCCUCCGCGUGCUCUACGGCAGGCUGACAGAAGGCACGGUGACUUUACGUGCAGAGUAUGAGCUUAAAAAGUGCUGCAUCUACCGUCCUCUCUCCUCCUCCCCGUUGUCAGCCUGAUGUCAAGAUAUGAUCAGAAAGACCGGACACGGGGUGGGCGUUGGUGGAUGACGCGCCGAAUGAGCACGCACCUAGGCGUACCACAUUAUGAAGAAGCCGUUGUAGCUUGACUCUCAAACCACCAGUCGUCCAGGCCAAACUUAAAAAUCUCCUGGGCCGACUGCGAGGACGUAAAAGCUAUCCCUUUAGUUGACAACCUUCCAAGCCAGUUCGGCAAAGGGAGAGGAGGACACAAGUCACUGGAUUGCCUGACGAAUUUUCCGAUGCAAUCCAUUAGCUCGAAGCAUUAUCUUCUAUUUGUGGACUUUGAUCCGUCUUCCUGAAGUCCCGGUCUCUGUUGUGGGUUUCGGUCCUGUCCUCUCAUCACUGUCCAUUGCAUUUUGUGUUGCAGAUUUAGCGGGAAACUGCACUUACACUGUAUGCUGCUGGCAAGUACCUCCAGCGGCGAGACUAAGAGUGCCCUGCUUCCCCCUGAAGUGCAUGUACUGGCGGUGAUACCUUCGUGAUGGCUUCGAGCGCAUCAGAUUGUUUAUAGGGAGAUAGGUGUCCUGAGUCAUCGACCUCACUCUCCAUUCCCAUCCCCAUUUCUGCCUGACUUUCAUACCGCCAGUCUGUCGCUCCACGCAAACUCAUACUGGGCCGACUGCGAGGUCCAAGUUAUCUGUCAGUUGGCAGCCUUCGAAGCCAGUUCGGCAAUAGAAGAGGAGGAAGAGGAGGAGAAGAAAAAGAAGAAGAAGGAAGAGGAGGAGGAGGAGGAGGAGGAGGAGGAGGACACAAACUACUGGGCUUAUCUUCCCAACGGGCGCGCAGACACCCUCGCCGGCAAGGAAUCUGGUGACAAAGAACAAGGCUGUCAGGACCAUGGCUUUCUGAAGCGUGCCAUACCAUACACACAGCCUUAA